AUGGCGAGCCGGUGUUCAUUUCCUUUGCGCGCGGCGUCUCGGGCUUGCCGGGUGAGCCGGCCUCUCGCUGGCUCGUCAAGAAGGUGGCUCGCCACUGCUACCGCAGAGGCAUCCACCUCGACAACAUUACCACCCACAACGUCGUCUGACCCCAAAAUUACGAAGAUCGUCGACGACAUUUCCGGCCUCACUCUCCUCCAGGCUGCCGACCUCGUGACGCUGCUUAAGUCACGACUCAACAUUCAGGAGAUUGCCAUGCCCGCGGCCGCACCAGCAGCGGCUGCAUCGGCUGCCGCUGCCGCUGAGGAGGCCCCCGUCGAGGAGAAACCCAAGGAAAAGACGAUGUUCGACGUCAAGCUAGAGUCCUUUGACGCUUCUGCGAAGCCUAAGAUCAUUCGGGAGGUCAAAGCCAUGAUCCCCAACCUUACCCUCAUUGACGCCAAGAAGUUCGUUGAGUCGCUACCAAAAGUCUUGAAGGAGGGCCUCAACAAGGAAGACGCUGAGAAGAUGAAAAAGACCUUCGUUGACCUCGGUGCUGUUGUCACCCUUGAAUAGACUCUAGAAGCCUAGAGUUUCUAUACAUCCUACUGACCUGCUAAUAUACUCGGGUUUCCUUGAACUUAAAAAUUCUGCUAUCGGCUGCUUUUGCUUUCUCAUGACUCAGCGUUGG